AUGAUUUAUGACGGUGAUAACGAGGACGAAAAGGAAAAUAGAGAUGCAACUGACAUUGGAAAUGGAGCCACUCUACGAUACAAGACGACAGAGGUUUUGAUAAUACGUGGUCCCUGGGCCGAGAAUAAGCUUUUUCUGUUUAGCUUUACUAAUAGUGACAAGUGGGGGCUGGAGAGUGUAGUGGAAAAGAAGAUCAAUGAAGCUGGUGGAUAUGAGAGAAUCAACUGUAUCCUGGCCAAAGAAGCACCACCUCUGAAGUCCUAUGAUCCCAAGAUGGAUCGAGUAUAUGGAAAAGAGUCUUCUUUCUCAGAUGAGAAUGUUAAUCUUCGUAUUACAAGUGUCCGAUCAGACCACUUGUUAGGUAAGAACCCACCAGCUGUGCUUAUGACCGGGACGAAUAAUAUAGUGAAUUUCCCAUUUUGGCGUCUUUGGGAGCAUUUAUAUGGAGAAUUGAAGGAGAGGGAAGAGCCUGCGACUGCAUGGAAGAUGCGUAGGCUGUUCAUUCAAACAAAUAUGCGAGUCAGAAGCACCUUGAAAGCAAUUCCUGAUGAAGACCUACCUUAUAAAGAAUAUCGAUUUUCCUCACAUCUUAAUUUUGAUGUCAAUAUGGAUGAAUAUGCAAAGCUCAAAUUCUCGGGUAUCUAUUCUUGUGGGUUGGGAAUUUAUUCUAAAGUUUGGAACGUCAUUCUGUGUAGGUCCCUGUUCGAAACGUUGUCAGAGAAGGAAGAGGAAGAAGUGGACACAGAUGCCGAUCUUGUCAAGGUUGCCAACACCCUUAUGGAUGAUGAAGGCAUCACUGAGACAUUGGAACCUGUAAUGGAUGACGAACAUCGAACUAGACAUAGGCGUACGCCCACAAAGUUUGGUGAGAGUACUUAUGCUUCCAGGACCUUGUUCAAAAACUCAUCUAAUACACGCUCUUCAUUGACGUUUAGAAGCGUGUCAAAUAUAUAA